GCUCCGUUAGUAACGAACCACCGUGCUUUUAAAUAGCGCAAAGGGCUUACGAAGUGUGUUUUCUUAAUGGCUUAAGCGCUUUGCUCAUACAAGUGUUUUGAAUCUGUAGCUAUCUAUAUAUAGACGUAGAGCGAAAAUGCAUGGCAACGGUUUGGACGAUAUUUUGAACUGUACGGGUAAGGAGGAUGGUCAUGAUGUGGACUACAGAGGAGGGUGGUCAGGUGCGUUUAUCGCCGUGUUUACAUCCGUGUCGAACCUGUGCGUUAUCGUCUCCGUGGUCAGGAAGCUUCGGCUGGAGAUGAGCGUGCCCGCGGUGCUCGUGCUGGGCCUGGCCGUACAUGACUUCAGUGCCGGGGCCUUCUCAUUUCCGCUGGUUACGGCAGCCUACUUCCGGGGUAUGUGCUGGACAGGUGGCUGGCACGCAUGCGCAUACAACGCCUUCAUGCACAUCUUUCUUCUGACAAGCUCGCAGUUUGCGGUGGUGCUGAUUGCCGCUGACCGCUUCACCGCUCUGAUGUUACCGUACCGCUAUGUGACCGGGGCCAGGCCCGGGAGAGCCGUCUGUUCUUUGGUCGCUAUUACUGUCUUCUCGGCUGUGUUUGCGGUGUUGCCGCUAGUGGACGUCGUUUCCGUGGUCCCAAUCUUCGAUGUGGUCUGUACCUUCGAUUGGGCAGACUCCACCGCUUCUGGCCGCUUCUACAUCUACUGGUCUAUUGUACAGGGCUUUGUGUUGAUCGGCAUCCUGCUGGUGAUGAACGUUUUCGUCAUGGUGGAGGUACGGCGCAUGAACGGGAGGGUGGAGCGGGUGCCCCAGGGGGAGGGGGAGGUGGAAAAGCGAGGGCGGCAGAGGCAGGAGAAGUACUCCGAGUUUACCCUGCUCGUCAUCAUGGUCUCCAUUGUGUUCGUCAUCUGCACAGCGCCGAUCUUGGUAAGGACGCUGUGUAAUCAGUUGCGCGUCCUCCCGUCGGAGAACGCUGACUACGUGGCGAAGCGCCUCAGCAUCAUCAGCAGCAUGAUUAACCCACACCUGUACUGGACCUUCCGGCCCAAGGGUAGAAAGGCUCUGCUCAACUUUGUCAGGUAACAGGGCUUUUUGUUUUUGUAAGACGGUUAAGAUACAUCAGCAGCAUGAUUAACCCACACCUGUACUGGACCUUCCGACCCAAGGCCAGAAAGGCCCUGCUCAACUUUGUCAGGUAACAGGGCUUUUUGUUUUUGUAAGACGGUUAAGAUACAUCAGCAGCAUGAUUAACCCACACCUGUACUGGACCUUCCGACCCAAGGCCAGAAAGGCCCUGCUCAACUUUGUCAGGUAACAGGGUUUUUUGUUGUUG